CUCUCUCUCUCUCUCUCUCUCUCUCUCUCUCCUCUCGUCUUUCUUCUGUCUCUUUGCACGAUCGAAACCCUAGCAAUUCCAAUUUCGCUUUCUGAGAUCGAAUCCUUGCCUUUUUAUGGCGUAACGCUACACGAAUUUCAACGAUUUAAGUUUUUUAUUGGGAAGAAUCUAGGGGAGUAAAAAAACACGACAAUGUCAACGGAGACUACGGGGAAUUCCUCAUCGCUGCCAGGAUCAUCAUCAUCUCGCCAUCUUUCUACCGACGCCAUCGAUCCGGCACCUUUGCUUUUGAGCGGCGAUGAUAAUGAAGGAAGCAGCAACGGAGGAGGUUCCGGGAACGGUGGGGAACGAAGAUCUGUGAGGAGACAGGGGCUGAGGGAAGCUGCGAGGUUUCUGAGCCGUGCUAGUAGCGGACGGGCUAUGCGAGAGCCGUCGAUGCUUGUGAGAGAGGCCGCCGCGGAGCAGCUCGAGGAGAGGCAGAGCGAUUGGGCCUACUCGAAGCCUGUGGUGGUGCUCGACAUCGUGUGGAACCUUGCCUUCGUCUCCGUCGCUUCGGCUGUUCUUGUGAUGAGCCGAAAUGAACAUCCGAUCAUGCCGCUCAGAGUUUGGCUCUUGGGUUAUGCUUUGCAAUGCGUUCUGCAUAUGGUUUGUGUCUGCGUUGAGUAUCGGAGGAGGAACAGGAUGAGAACAAAUAGGACUCCACGGUCUCGUUCUUCUUCCUCCUCGUCUUCUUCUUCGUCUUUGGAGGAAGAUGCUUUGGGCUCGAGGAGGAAUUCAGAGGAGCAGGACUUGUCGCUCGGGCAGUUGGAGAGCGAAAGCAGCAGUGUUGCAAAGCAUCUGGAGUCUGCCAACACAAUGUUUUCAUUUAUAUGGUGGAUCAUUGGAUUCUACUGGGUAUCUGCUGGUGGCCAAGAAUUAGCACAAGAAUCCCCGCGGAUUUACUGGUUGUCUAUCGUUUUUCUUGGUUUCGAUGUGUUCUUUGUUGUGUUCUGUGUUGCGUUGGCCUGUGUUAUUGGCAUUGCUGUUUGCUGUUGCCUGCCAUGCAUCAUUGCAGUUUUAUACGCAGUGGCCGAUCAGGAAGGAGCUUCAAAAGAAGACAUUGAGCAGCUCACCAAAUUCAAGUUUCGAAAAGUUGGUGAUGUCAACAAACACGCUGGUGAUGAAGCCCAAGUAAGUACCGAGGGAAUAAUGACCGAGUGUGGUACAGAUUCACCCGUUGAACAUACUCUUCUGCAGGAGGAUGCAGAAUGUUGCAUCUGUCUCUCUGCUUAUGAAGACGGAACAGAACUAAGGGAACUUCCCUGUGGCCACCAUUUCCACUGCUCAUGCGUAGACAAAUGGUUAUACAUAAACGCGACUUGCCCGCUCUGCAAAUACAACAUCCUUAAGAGUAGCAACUUGGAUCGAGAGGAAGUCUAGAAGAAACAGUUUGCUUGUUCAUGAACCCUCACAACAUUUGAUCAGGAAACUUUGGGGUCAAAGGUAAAACACGGCUGGUGUUUUAGAUACGAUGCAUUGUUUGUGAUAUGAUAUCUAUACAAGUUAUUUACUUUUGUUUGUUUUUAUUUUACAAUUUUUUUUUUGAGUUUGGAAAGAAAUCAGGUCUGUACAUCUAUUAUAUCUAUCUAUCUUCUUUCACAUGCAAGUGUGCAACCA